AAUGCCAUGACGUAAUCGCAAUAAGUCGACUGCGAUGACGCACUUUAUCUCGCUGAACACGGCGCUGGCAGACGUGAAGCCAGCUGGUGAGAUGGUGGCCUGUACCCUGAACAAGAAGUCCUGAGAGAGAGGGAGGAGAGAAACAAGUUCUUUAGGCGGUCCCUGUCACGCUAAGAAUGCCGCAGACCUUGCAGCUGCUGUACACGCAGCUCCAGACCUCCUAACACCGUCCUCGGAGCAUGACCAGGUCCCCAGACCUUCCUCGCAAGCGUCACAAGUGGCUAGGUCGUUUGUUGGGCUGUUUCUCCGGCAAAAGUCAUGUUGAGGGCAGCAGCGACCACGGCAGUGGCUACAUCGAGCACACGAGCUGGCUGGACCCGUACAGCGGCGAAGGGGCGAGGCCACGCAAGGCAAAGCGCUUGGAGGGCAAAGUCGGCAGGACGAGCCUCCCCAGCGGUAGAAGCGGGGAGUGGAUGAGCCCCUGCUUCUUCUUGGGGGAUCUGGAGUGGGCCCUGCUGAAGGAGGGGCUGCUGGAGUACCGCGACCCCGCUGCCAGCAUCCCGGUACUCAGCAUCUGUCACGGCUUCUCCGACGAAGAGCUCAAGUCGCUCAGCAAGCGACGCCACUAUCUGCAGCUGAACCGCUUGUGGGACAAAGAGAUGGUAGAGGGACUGGACAAGGUGCUGCGCAUCGACGGCCUGGAGCCUUUCAUCGACGGCCUGCCUGCCUCUGUGUGGCUGGAGUGUGUGGAACCCACCCUGUCCAUCCUCAUCUCGCUCAACGCACUGCGCCACAGACGAUCCAACCUCAGUGUCAAAAGAGGGGCACCGGAAGUGCUUGACAGCAGCCGCUCACGUCACGGAGAUUUCGAGUUUGGACCAAUCGCCAUCUUCCAUCAUCCUAGGCGUAUCCAGCAGAUGAUGCUGCUUCGUUUCGAGUUCCUCAACACGGUCACUACUGACCCGGUAGAACUUGGUGAACUCCAUCGGUCACAUGACCACAUCAGACGCAGCUACAACCGGCCCCGUCGUUUUCGCAACUUGCGCGGGACUGAGGAUGAUGGGGGUCCCCCUUCUAGCAAAAACCGCGACGACAGCAUCGAUGCCAGAAACAACGACAAAUGCGUGAGAACUGCGCGAGGACACGUCUCCGCGUGCGAUACCUGUAGACAGCCGGUGCUACCAGAAGAGCACGGAUGCAACAGUAGAAGCAGCAGCUGCUGCUGCAACUGUAGUUCCAGCAGUUGCAGCUGCAGCAGCUACACUAGUAGCAGCUGCAACAGCACCAGCUGCAAUUGCAGCAACAACAACAGCUGCACCCUCAACAUUUGCCUAGAAAUACCUGCUUGUGAGCAGCGUUCAGGCAACAAUCUCGACACGCGGGUGGAGACUUCGCUCAUGAACCCCAAACCCGGUCGGUUCCCUGCAAUCGGCCAGUCUCCCUGCCACGACCUACGUCGGUCACUGCGUUGUUUGAACAACAACAAUAACAGCAGCAACAACGUCAGCACUGACGGAGGCUCACCUGCGCUCAUCGCCAUCUCGGAUCGUCUUCAGAUGUUGCCAGGCCAGGAUCCCAGCCAGUCUGCCACCGGAAGUGCCGCCACGCGCUCAGAAUGGCCUGCCAUGGACCUCAUGGCGCUCGGCGACCACACUGUCUGGAUGCUGACGUCAAGGAGGUACAUUACCAUCCCCGCACAAGCGCACAGAAGAGCUUGGCACGGCGUCAUCGGUAUUACCGCGAUCAAGGGCGGCACUGGAGAUGGUGAGGAUGCGACAGGGAUGGACAGGACUGAGGGGCGUCUGUCCACCAGGCGAAGUCCCUGGAACUUUUCGCGGCGCCUGGUUCGUAGGGCGCGUGGAUGGAAGAACCGCUUGGAGCGCUCCAUUAUACAGAGGGACAAACACAGCUCACGACGUUAGCCCGCAGAGGCCAUGAUGUCGGAGCGGAUUAAGGAAGCAAACAAACAUGAAGCAGGAAAAUAACCGAAAUAAGCAAACAUUUAAGCAGCACAAACAAUCAAUCAAGCAGUAAGAGCAGCGGACUAAAGUAAGCAACUAGAUAUUGAACAAGCGAAAAUUAUCCAAACUAUACAGGCAAGCCGAUAAAACAAACAAACAAACAAACAAACAAACAAACAAACAAACAAACAAACAAACAAAAAGAACAAGAUAAACAAUUCAAAAACAUAAAGAGACAUACAAGAAAAACAUGUUUCAAAUUAAUUUGACAUCGAUCAUAAGCAGGCAAGCCUUACUGGCGCCAUGAAAGACAUCACCUUUUGAAUCAUCAAUCAAACUCUUGCAGCAGUCAGUAAUAAUGGCUGGCAACCCGCAGUAAGUUCACCGAAAACAAUGGCAGGAGGCUGCCGACACCAUUCAGGUUAAAGCGAUCUUCACCUGACAAUCAAGUUUGCAGUCUACAUCAAUUUAUUUGUAUUCUUUCCCGGGAUCACGGGAAGAUCUGAUGUUGCUUUGGGAUCUCACAGGGGCAAAAAAACCGUCACACUUAACUGCAGCGCAAUUGUGUUCCCACUGGCCAGAAAGAAUUAAAAUUGUUUAUUUGUGGAUGUCUUGGCACAACAAUAAAGUCCAGGAAGCACAAGAA